AUGGAGGAAUCGGGUAAAAGAUUUGACAAGAAUGAAGCUCAACUUCAGAAAUAUGAAGUCUUGUUACAAAAUCAAUCCGCUUCCAUAAGGAACCUUGAAACUCAAAUGGGACAAAUUCAUAAUAUCUUAAAGGGAAGAGUUCAAGGAAUGUUUUUGAGUGAUAUCGAGAAGAAUCCAAAGGAGCAACUCAGUGCCAUCAUGUUGACAAGUGGUAAGGAGUUGAAAGAAUCAAGAAAAGUUGAAGAAACUAAGGAAAAAGCUGAAGACAUGAAGUUGGACAGAACCAACAAUGCCUCAACACAAUGCCUAGGCACAAAACCAGAACUUGAGAACAAAGACCAAGAUAUGAAGAAAGAUGAAGCAUCUCUCCUGUAUCCUCACAGAAUGCAGAAACAGAGAUUAGACAAGCAAUUUGGUAAGUUCAUGGACAUAUUUAGAACUUUACACAUUAACAUUCCUUUUGUAGAUAUGUUAGAGCAAAUGCCAAAGUAUGCCAAGUUCUUAAAGGAGAUCCUUACACAAAAAAAGAGGUUUAAGACCAUGAGAUGGUCAUGCUCACCGAGGAAUGUUGCGUGUUGCUUCAAAAGAAACUACCACUGA